CUCAUGGCGAUAUUUUCUUCCUCGUGAAUUUACAAAGAAAAGCCGAAAACCGUGAAUGGAUAUUAUCUCGUGGAUGUAACAUCAGGCCGACGAGCAUCGUUCCUAUCACCUCACUUCAAACAUCGAUCUGUAAAAGCGUGUUUCUUUGACACUGUGGCAUUUUUUACACCUCCGCUGUGCUGAAAUGAGACUGGAGGUCCUCUCCGUGGGGGGACUGCACAGCUGAAUGUCAGCUGCCUGUGGAGCAUGGGUACGACAGCCAGUGCUGCACCACCACCUCCAGUUUCUGUAGCAUCGCCGCUCGAGUGUGUCCAUGGCAACGGGAUGGCCGACAGCAGGCAGUCUCUCAACUCCAGCCCCUUCCAGACGGUCAACGUCCACAACAACAAGGCCAAGUCCAUUAUCACCAACAAAGUGGCACCUGUGGUCAUCACGUAUAACUGCAAACAGGAGUUCCAAAUUCAUGAUGAUAUCCGGAAGACUCAUUACAAGAUGGGCCGGAUAUCGGACGCCAUGCCGGAGCACUUCCUGGUGCAGGGCGAGUACUUCAUGGUGCAGGACGUGUUCAGCAAAGCAGAUGUCCUCAAGACCACGUCUGGCUAUGGAGCGCCAAAUUUCCGACAAGUCAAAGGAUCAUACCCGCUGUAUGGCAUGGGGCAGCCAAGCCUAAAUGGUUUCAAACAAGUUCUUCAGAGGCUUCAGUCUCAUGGACAUGAGGAGGUUAUUUUCGUCUGUGUGAGAGAGGAGCCGGUGGUUUUUCUGCACAAGGACGACAACUUUUUGCCGUACACACCCAGGAGGAAGGAAAACCUCCAUGAGAACCUGCACGGCCUCCAGAAGGAGGAGCUGGUGGAGACUCUGGAACUCAACAUCCGCAAAGAGCUGCAUGACUUUGCCAAACUCAAUGAAAAUAUAUUCUAUGUCUACAACGACAUUGAGUUCUUCAAGGACGAACCUCAGAAGAUAAAAAUCUCGUGUGAGGAGGACAUCCACGUGACAGAGGAGGUCUAUAAGAGACCAGUAUUCACCAUGCCAGCUUAUAGGUACUACAGGUUACCUCUGCCUAUGGAGGCGGCGCCGCUAGAGGAAGACUUUGAUGCCUUUGUUGGAAUUCUCAGGGACAGCCCCAGCUUGUCUUUAGGACGCGAUUCCUCUCGGCCACUGCCUGCUCUGCUCUUCAGCUGCCAAGUUGGCGUCGGGCGCACCAACCUGGCCAUGAUCCUCGGCACACUGGCCAUGAAUCGGCUGAAGGGAGAUUCUCCACUCCUGCAUCAGGGCGAGGAAGUAGCAGCUCCCACUCUCAGACCACUUUUCCAAGUUAUCCAGUCUCUGAUCAGCAAGCUGCCUGACGGACAGCAGCUAAUGGAGGAGGUCGACCAGGCCAUCAGUCUGUGUGCAGAAAUGCACAACAUCAAAGAGGCCAUCUAUGAAAACAAAAGCAAACUGGAGGGGAUUGCAGAAGACUAUCAGAUCCAGGGAAACAGCACGAAGCACUAUUUCCUCACCAGAACCAUGCAGAGUUUGGAACGUUACUUCUACCUGAUCGUGUUUAACGCAUACCUUCACGAGCAGUAUCCUCUAUCCUUUGCAUCCAGCUUCAGUCAGUGGAUGUGCAGACACCCCUGGAUCUACAGAUUACUGUCCUGCAUGGAUGUUUCAGAACUCUCCGCCCCAUCUGAGCUGGUCACCAAGGCGGCACGGAUCCUGGUUGCUGAUGAGUAUUUGGCUCCCGAUGUCCUCGGCACUAAGAAGGAGAUGAAGGCGGUGAACUUCAGACGAGUUCCCAAGAUGCCCAUCUAUGGGAUGUCCCAACCCACGUCAGAGGCCACCGGCGCAGUCCUGACCCACCUGACAGACGAGAGGAGAAAGCACCGACAUGUGUUGUGGGUCAGUCUGGUAGAGGAGUUGGUGAUUGAGGGCAACGGUCAGAUUCUAACUCCGAGAGAACCCUCCUGCUUGGAUCAACACAUUAGUAUCCCAUCCUCGGACUCACAGCAGAUAGAGAAAAAAGAGACGUCUCUGAAGGAGGAGAUCCUGAGGGCACAGAAGUGGCUCGAGGUGACAUUGGAGCAGGAGAAGCAGAUGAAGAUGUUCAAAAGUUGCUUGACCAUCCAAGAGAUCUUCGACCAACUAAAAAAAUCCCAUCAGGGUCUCAUCUAUCGACGUAUUCCACUGCCAGACUGCAGCGCUCCCAGGGAAGAGGACUUUGAUAAGCUGCUGGACUCCAUGAAGAGCGCCUUGGCCGAGGACACUCAUACGGCUUUUGUCUUCAGCUGCUCUAACGGAAAAGGCCAGACGACAACAGCCAUGGUGGUUUCUGUUCUCACACUUUGGCACAUAAAUGGUUUCCCAGAGUUCAUGGAUGAUGAGAUUGUGAGUGUUCCAGAUGCCAAGUACACGAAAGGAGAAUUUCAGGUUGUGAUGCAGUUGGUGCGUCUGCUACCAGAUGGCCAUCGUAUGAAGAAGGAGGUCGACAUGGCAUUGGACUCAGUCAGCGAGACCAUGACACCAAUGCAUUAUCAUCUGCGAGAGAUCAUCAUCUGCACGUACAGACAGAUAAAAAGUGGAAAGUCAGAGAAGGACUGUGAGCAACUGCUGUUGAAGAGCCUGCAGUAUUUGGAGCGCUACAUUUACCUCAUUCUCUUCAACACGUAUCUGCAUCUAGAGAAGAAAGACUCCUGGCAGCGACCCUUCGGACUCUGGAUGGAACAGGUUGCUGCCAGUGCCGGAGUUUAUGACAUCCUCAACCAGCUGGACUUUUCCGAGUUCAAGGCCCCGAGGGACUCGUCUCUGGCCCGACUGCGCUUCCGCUGGCAGAGACAGAGAGUUCAGUCACUUCCUUACCGGGGAGAGUUCAUCUGAACCCAAAUCUCUGUGCCUCGACCUGAACUGUACUGUGCUUUUUAUAAUGAAUCACCCUGUUUUUAUUUCUGAAUUGUUGAUGCUAGCACCAACCAUUGCCUUGGCACAGAUGCUGUUUUAAUGUUCUUAGUGCCUUUUUUUUCUUUUCUAAAUACUAGUCGUUUCAUAGUACUAAUAUUUGUGUUCUCUUUUUGCCCUUGGUGAUUAUACAUAAAAAACUAUUUUGACUUUUGUUUGGAUUAUGCUAGAGUUGUUUUGUCUUAUUUAGUGCAGAAUUCAGUUUUGUUGUUUUUGUCACCACAUAGCUAGGCUCUUUCUCUUUGGUACAUCACAAUAGAACUGUUUGAUACCUUUUAGUUUCAUUUUAAUUUUCACUUUGUUUUUGUAGGUUCGAUAUAGUUCUUUGCAUUAUGAAUCAAGCUUUGGAAAUUAACAAAAUGUGGGAUAAAAAUGCAUAUAAUUGCCUUCCUGCCGCGAUAAUUGUAAUGACAGUAAAAGUUGUCUUUUUUGUUUGCUUGUUUCUUUUAAUCUGUCUGGAAUGAGCAAGUCUUUUUUAUUUUUUUAUCAAAGCUUAUUUUGCAACAAUCAAGAACAUCAAAGUGACAAGUAGAAAUGACUGUUAUGCUGUUAAAUAUGUGUUGCACUACAGGCAGCCUGCACACAUGCACAGUCUCUUACGGCCCUUCUGCCUAUACAUCUGAAAGCAGAAGGUAUCUGUAUUUAAUGCCUUCAUCUUUUCUAUUCCAAAUGAUCCUGAUUUGUUCAUCUUUUUUUGUACUUUUUUUUUUUUUUUUAAUCCUGGCUUUUUUACCACAACAAUUCUACCUACCACUUGAAAGAUGACAGUUUAGAGUCACAAGAACACACAUUGCAAUAAAAGCUUAAUCAUUCAUUCUUUUGUACUGCCCUGUAAUAAAUCCUCACUUUAACAUCCA